UGGGCUUGGUGGCAGGUUCUAGGUGUUUCUUCCUUCCCCUACAGGCCCAGAGCAAAUGGCGUCCCCACCCACCCCAGUCGUGCCAGGUAGCCACUCGGGAGGAGGGAGUGGGGGAUCCCCUGACCCCCUGACACAGUCCAAGCAGCUACCAGAGCUGAUCCGCAAGAAACGAGAUGGCGGCCGCCUGAGCGAGGCGGACAUCAGGGACUUUGUGCUUGCUGUGGUGAACGGGAGUGCACAGGGCACACAGAUUGGGGCCAUGCUGAUGGCCAUCCGACUGCAGGGCAUGGAUCUGGAGGAGACUUCUUUGCUGACCCAGGCCCUGGCCAAGUCUGGGCAGCAGUUGGAGUGGCCAGAAGCCUGGCACCAGCAGCUUGUGGACAAACAUUCCACAGGGGGUGUGGGCGACAAGGUCAGCCUGGUCCUGGCACCAGCCCUGGCUGCGUGUGGCUGCAAGGUGCCAAUGAUCAGUGGACGUGGCCUGGGACACACAGGUGGCACCUUGGAUAAACUGGAGUCUAUUCCUGGGUUCAAUGUUAUCCAGAGUCCAGAGCAGAUGCAGCUGCUGCUGGAGCGAGUGGGCUGUUGCAUUGUGGGCCAGAGUGAGAAGCUGGUUCCUGCUGAUGGAAUCCUAUAUGCUGCUCGGGAUGUGACAGCCACCGUGGACAGCCUACCACUCAUCACAGCCUCCAUCCUCAGUAAGAAGGUCGUGGAGGGGCUGUCUGCUCUGGUGGUGGACGUUAAAUUCGGCGGAGCCGCAGUCUUCCCAGACCAGGAGCAGGCCCGGGAGCUGGCAAGGGCACUGGUUGGCGUGGGGGCGGGCCUGGGGCUGAGGGUGGCAGCAGCCCUGACCGCCAUGGACAAUCCCCUGGGCCGCAGUAUUGGCCACACCCUGGAGGUGGAGGAAGCUCUGCUUUGCCUGGAUGGUGCGGGGCCGCCAGACCUGCGGGACCUGGUCACCAGGCUCGGGGGCGCUCUGCUCUGGAUGAACGGACAGGCAGAAGCCCAAGCCCAGGGAGCCGCUCGGGUGGCCGCGGCGUUGGACGACGGCUCCGCGCGGGGUCGCUUCCAGCAGAUGCUUGCGGCGCAGGGCGUGGACUCGGGCCUGGCCAGAGCGCUGUGCUCCGGGAGCCCCUCGCAGCGCCGCCAGCUGCUCCCCUGCGCCCGGAAGCAAGAGGAGCUGCGUGCGCCCGCGGACGGAACUGUGGAGCGCAUCCUGGCCCUGCCGCUGGCGCUUGUGCUGCACGAGCUAGGGGCUGGACGUAGCCGCGCCGGGGAGUCGCUCCGGCCAGGAGUAGGAGCGGAGCUGCUGGUCGACGUCGGCCAGAGUCUGCGCCGCGGAACACCCUGGCUCCGCGUGCACUUGGACGGACCGGCUCUCAGUGGCACGCAGCGCCGCGUCCUGCAGGGGGCGCUCGUGCUGUCCGACCGCGCGCCCUUUACAGCCCCCUCACCUUUCGUGGAGCUGGUCCUGCCGCCUGUCGCCAGGCGGACCUAA